AUGCAGACUGCUAAAACAAGGAGUUCGAAUACUACAUCACCUUCAACAAUGAGAACUGGUCGGCAUCUGAAGAUAUCUGCAGCCGAGAAGCCCAACAAAGAUGGAAAUCCAAGAGUCGUUGAUCGUAAGUCGCCUCCAAGUCCAGUAUUGGCACCUGAUCAGAAAAAGAGGCAAAGCAGCAAGGUGUCUGAACUGGAAUCUCAGCUAUCUCAAAUCAAUGAAGAACUCAAAAAAGCCAAAGACUAUAUAAAUUCAUCUGAAUCAACAAAGAAGCGAGCCCAACAAGAGGCGGAAGAUGCCAAGAAGCAGUUAGCCAACAUGGAAGCAAAUCUAGACGAGCUAUCUGCUUCAGAAGAAGCACGUCUACAAGAACUCAGAAAGAUCUCAAACGAAAGAGACCGAGCAUGGCAAUCUGAACUAGAAGCUGUCCAGAAACAACAUUCAAUGGAUUCUGCUACUCUCAGUUCUGCACUAAACGAGAUUCAGAAGCUAAAGUUCCACCUCGAAAGGGUUUCAGAAUCAGAAGCUUCCCAAACAAGACAUGCUGAAACAGCUUAUGCAGAAAUUCACAAUUUGAGAAUUGAGCUAACUGAAACGCUUGUCCUGGUUGAUAAAUUGAAAACCCAAAUCUCUAAUUUCAAUGAAUCUGAAGAACGGGCGUUGGAGUUACUUAGCAGAACACAAUUGCAACUUGAAAUUGCGAAGAACACAGAGAAAACUCUCAGGUUGGAAAGUGAUCAAACCAUUGAGGCUUACAAAGCCUUGUCUGUUGAGUUGGAUCAGUACAAAGCUCGUGUAAAUUUGUUGGAGGAGAUUGUUACUAAUCUCCAGGCUAAAAUUUCCAAUGGAGAAGAUGAAGAUACAACAAACCCAAUGAAAACAGAGCUUAAUCAAGCCUUAAUCGAAGUAACCCAACUAAGAUCUGCUUUGGAUUUAGCCGAGAAAAGAUACCAAGAGGAGUAUAUUCGAAGUACUUUACAAAUCAGAACUGCUUAUGAACUAGUUGAACGCACGAAAUCAGAGUCAGCCGUGCGCGAUUCUGAGUUAGAGACGAAGCUGAAAAUGGCAACAGUCGAACUUGAAGAGAUCAAUGGUAAGACAAAGAAAAAGGACGAAUUUAUUGAAGAACUGAAGACAGGCUUGAUGGAGAAAGAAACCGAGUUACAGAACAUAAAGGGGGAAAACGAAAUCCUUAAAGCAAACAACGAGAAUCUUGUUCAAGAAAGAGAAGCCCUGAUAAAGAAAGGAUGUUUAGAGUUAGAAGAUGAGUUAAGGAAGCUAAAAGUGCAGUCUGACCAAUGGAGGAAGGCGGCGGAGGUAGCAGCUGCGAUGCUUUCAACUGGAAAUAAUGGGAAAUUCGUGGAGAGAAUGGGAUCAAUUGAAAGCUACUACAAUACUACUGUCGACGGGAAGAUAGGUUCGCCGCUGAACUUUGAGGAAAUGGAAGAUGACUCGUUGAAGAAGAAGAAUGGAAAUAUGUUGAAGAAAUUUGGUGUCUUGUUGAAGAAAGGCCAAAAAUAGGAAGAUCAUUCAGUUUCAGAUGUUGUAUUUUCUUUGAGUUGGGUUUGUUUCAUUAAUUUGAGUUUAUUUCGAAUAAUCUGAUAUAAAAAAUAUAUAUUAUU